AAGUAAUAGAAAAACGAAACCAAAAUGAAAAUACCAUUAAACAUGAGUAGUCUUCAUUUUUUGCAAAUGGUCGAAGAAGUCUACGAGAAGAAUCGAACCAACAGACGAUAAGAAUAAACUCAUAUUCAGCGCACCAAACAGUUUGAAAUGAUUUGUACUCAAUACAGCCUUGUUUACAUGUACAACAAGAACUGCGACUCAGAGGCAAGGCUGAACAGAAUUCGACAAACGCCACUCUCCACUUUUUUCAGCUAAUCUAGGAUAUCAAUGCAUCUCUCUACUUUCCUGUCCCUCGUAAUUUGUUUCAAAGUCUCCACAGGAGACUUGACGACCUCAGAGUCAGAAGAAAAUGGAAACCUUGAUGUGACAGCCAAACAUAUACCGGAUGAAAUCCAUCUCAAGAUGAAUACAAGCGAAUUGGAGCAAUAUUUUGGAGUAAGCUCAUACGAGGAAGUACCAGUUUACGAUGUCAGACCUCCUACUCAAGUUGAUGAGGAUAACAGAUAUCUCUCAGACAAUCUCCAUAUUCACGCCACGCAGAAGAGAAACGCCGAGGAUCCCAGUGUGUGGUAUUUCAACGUCAAAGCUUUCGGAAUGUCACUGCAUCUAAACCUCACAAAGAACCAAGAUCUCAUGUCACCAUGGCUAACUGUUGAGCGACACAAAAAUGGAACAGUGUCAGCUGAGAAACCACCCGAGAAUUCUUUCUUCAAUGGUCAUGUGAUUGGGGAGCUUGGGUCUUCGGUUGCUGUUAGUAAUAAAGGAGGACUGACAGGUUUGAUACAACUUUUGGACCAGUCUCUUUUCCUUCAGCCACUCCCAAGUCAUCUUCUAGCUGACAACAAUUCCAAAAGUCAAUUAAUCGUCAGGCGUUCUAUUGACGAUGAAGCUAUGGAAAACGAACUUAAAGGUAAUGAAAAAACGACGAUAUAA